CAUGCUGAACAAUUGCUGACCCAUGAGUUAUGUUUCAGUGAAUGGGAUGAGCCAACAGGAUAGCCCAGUGAACACUCACUCUUGACUGACUACAAUCCCAUAUACAAGCUAAAGUACAACCAUGGCGAAUAAAUCAAUCUAUGAUUUCUCUGUCGAGACCCUGGAUGGACAGGUGGUUCCGCUCGGUAGCUACAGGGGUAAAGUGCUUCUCAUCAUCAACGUUGCCACCUUCUGAGGGUCAACAAUAGAGGAGUACCACCGACUGAAUGCACUGAUGGAAAUGUUUGAUGACCUCAACUUCACUGUCCUGGGAUUCCCCUGCAACCAGUUCGGUCUUCAGUCACCUGAGGUGAACCAUGAAACCCUCAAUAUCCUCAAGUAUGUGAGGCCCGGUGGGGGGUUUGUGCCAAAGUUUCCUGUCUUUGGAAAGGUUGAGGUGAAUGGAUUAAAUGAGGAGCCUCUUUUCACCUAUCUAAAGGAAUCUUUGCCAUUUGUGAACCCUAUUAUUGGAGACACAAAGAAAUUCUACUGGUCCCCAAUCAACGUCAAUGACAUUCGGUGGAAUUUUGAAAAGUUCCUAAUCACUGCAGAUGGCAUGCCCUUCAGAAGGUAUGAACUUCACUGCCCCAUCGAGAACGUGGAGAAUGACAUAGCAGAGCUUCUCUGAUGGAUUCGCUUCGAUUUGUCACCGGUGGCAGAGUGACGAUCCCUCAGUAAAUGCAACCGUGCAACUGAGCUGGAUCUGAUGGGAAGAGGAACAGGACUCGGGGCUUCAGUGCAUUCACUCUGAGGACAAGUUCCCUUCAGCCACUGAUGGAGCUUUCAUGUCACUGUCACACUUCUCUCUCAUGUGAUGGUGUCUGCAACUCAAAAAUAAAUAAAACA